CAGUGAACAGGCAUCACCAUGCGGCUGACCUGUAGAUGUCUGAAUGUCUCAGUGGAGAUUCGGGAGUCCCAACUUGAAACCGCCGACGUCUCAGAGCCCCAGAUGUCACCCCCACAUGUACACACCGACCUCUUCACACCAGGGGAGGCUGCACAGGCAACACUGGGACUAGAGGGGGUCACUGUGAAAUACCCAUGUUUAACUGAGGAGACAACAUCAGGUGAAUGGAAGGUGCAGCAGUGUCUGAACUGUGGACUGAAGACUCAUGCCUGUAGGGAGGACAAGAGCACUGGGGCUGUUCUAGUCAAUAGGAAGAUGCAGACAUCCUCGACACCUCCCACAGCAGGUGACCAGGCUGCAGACGUUUCACCUGCCUUUCAGCUGGUUCUAUCAGGUGCUGACUGGGAGGACUUGCACACAACUGAGUCAGAUGGAAUGUCCAAACCCACCCCUUCAGAAGUCUUAGACAGUUGUUCUGUAGACCGGCAGGAAGUUCAUCGGAGGCUUUCUCAGUACCUUCAGCAACAGAAGGCAAGGAUGGAAGAGGUCAUCAGGCGGGUAACUGAAGAGCAACAAAGACUCUAUGAAGAGUUGGAAAGAAGAGCAGUGGAGGAUGAAACUCGGCUUCUCCGCAUCCUGCAUGCUGUUGGUCAGAGAAAGCUUGAAGCCCGGCUGACAGCCACAGCCGUGCAGCCAGAGUCUGGCCCAGACCUGCCUCCCAAAGAGCCUGAGAGCCAGACUACUGCUGAGCCUAGCACACAGAAGGUAGCACCUUCUGAAACCAGUGCUCAGAAGACCACUGUCAAGCCCCACAGGCCUCCAGUGUUUAAAGUCCCUGGUGCAGUCAGGAAACCACAGGUCAGACGUAGUAAACCCACUCCUGACUAUGCAGAGCGGCUAUCCUGGGCUUCCAGUACAAACACAGAUGCAGACAUAUUGUUUGAAGUGGAUGACAUCACACCACAGCCUACAGCACCAGUGGAAAUGACCAGAGCUGCAGCUGGUACAUCUCUGAGAAUGGAUGUGGAAGACUCCUACCCGACCGUGUCUGAACUGUCGUCAGUCCCUGAGCUGGAACACAAGCUGUACGCCUCGUCCCUGCCUGUAGACAUGCCCUUCAUGACGCGAGCCAGGAUAGCUCACGUACAGGAGGAGGACACAACAGGCUUCUCGAGCUCCAUACAAGACCCAGAACAGAUGGUGGCCAGUAUGAAGGCUCUGGCUAUGAGCAUACAGGAGGACGGGACUCAGAUGUUUGGGGACCUGCCCAGGCCUCGCGUCAACACAGGAGAUCUACUGGCACGAUGGUGAAAUAUAACCUACUCCCAGAAACCAUGGAUCAGUGAAUUCCGUGG